GAAAUAUUAAUGAUUUAAAUUUUUGUUUAAAAAUAUGGCCUACAGAUGAUGAAAUUAGAGUUCUUAUUAAUGAUGCAUAUAAAGAAGCAAAUGCUUUAGCAAAGUGUGUUUCUAUGAUGGUUACAUUAAAUUCCGAAUUAUCAUCAUCAUCUCUUGCUAAUUCUUUAAUAGAUAAUGAGAUAAUACUACUAACUGAAGAAAAUUCAACAACUGAGUUUCAAGAUAAAGAAAAAAUUUUAACAGAAAUUGCUAAAAUGAUAGGAAAUAUUGCAAGCUUAGAUUUACAAAAUGAUAUAGAUGAGGAUUUGAUAGAUGCUCAUUAA